AUGUCGUCAGAAAAGCGCCCGGCAUCCAGCUCCAUGGCCUCGGGGCAGAUGGUCAAGCGCCAAAAGUCGGACAACUCAAUGGCCUUGACGUCGGCCUCGCAGAAUGGCGCCCUCAUCCAGAGCACCCACCGCGGUCCAGCUCUGUCUGCGCCCGUCAUGGAACUGUCGGGCCAUAGCGGAGAGGUGUUUGCUGCGAGGUUCAACAACGAGGGCAACUACAUCGCUUCGGCAGGCAUGGACCGCAACAUCCUCCUCUGGCGCACUUCGGGCGACUGCGAAAACUACGGCGUCCUGUCUGGUCACAAGGGCGCCAUUCUCGACUUGCAGUGGUCACGCGACUCGCGCAACAUCUUCUCUGCCUCGGCCGACGCGCACAUUGCCAGCUGGGAUCUCGAGACGGCCCAGCGCAUAAGGAGACACCAGGGCCACGACGAAGUCAUCAACGCUCUGGACAUCAGCCGUCGCGGCGAGGACAUUCUGUUCAGUGCUUCCGACGACGGCUACAUAGGCAUCUGGGACCCUCGUCAAAAAGCCGCCGUCGACUUCAUCCAGACAAACUUCCCCGUCACGGCAAUCGCCCUGGCCGAAGCUGGCAACGAGCUCUACUCGGGCAGCAUCGACAACGACAUCAAGGUCUGGGACCUGAGGAAGAAGCAGGUCUUGUACUCGCUCAUCGGACACACCGACACCAUCACAUCGCUCGCCGUUUCGCCCGACUCGCAGACGCUUCUCUCCAAUUCCCAUGACAGCACCGUCCGCACCUGGGACAUACGCCCCUUUGCGCCUACAGAACGACACAUUAGAACCUUUGACGGUGCACCGACGGGAAUGGACAAGUACCUAAUCAAGGCUACUUGGGAUACAAAAGGAAAACGCAUUGCUGCUGGCAGCGGCGACCGUUCGGUCGUGAUAUGGGAAGCCAAUACCGGCAAGAUGCUGCAAAAGCUGCCCGGUCACAAGGGUUCCGUCAACGAUGUCCGCUUCGCGCCCAACGAUGAGCCAUUGAUGCUCUCGGCCUCGACCGAUCGUAACCUAAUGCUAGGAAGCCUCUCGACGUGA